AUGAGUAACUUUAAUAAUAAUAAUAAUAGCAGUAAUAGCAAUACUGAUAACGAUACCGUUCCUUUAUUAUCGGGGCAAAAUUCAUUAAGAUCAUCACAUCAUCAAAAAAUACAUCAUCAAGCAACAUCUUCACCAAGAGAAGGUGAGAAAAGAAGGAGAAGAAGGAAAUUAAAAAGUCAUACUGGUCAUAAAUCAUUGAUUGAUGACGUUUCAAACACCGAUGAUGAAACGGAUACCACAAGAGAUCAUAUCACUUUACCGCAGCAUCAUGACCAUAUGAACAUUACUGAUUUUGAACAAGCUGAUUCCUGGGGUAUGUUACAUGAAUCAGAAACUGGGUAUGGUAUGGAUCAAAGUGACAUAGGCGGAGGUGGUGGUGGAGUUACUGGUAAUAGCUUGGAUGAUAACGAUGCAUUUUUGGAUCAUAGAUUAUCUCAAAGUCAUCCCGUUAUGAUUAAACCUAAGAAGAAACAAAAAAAUACGACACAAACAUCUAGUUCCAAAAAAUAUCCUAGACAGAGUAAUUGUUCAGGAGCGGAUAAUGAUAGCAUCAAAUCAGAUCCAACUUUGUUAAUGAAUGAGCUCAGUAGGAAAAGAGAAGAGUUUAGUAAAUCACCAAUUUCAAAACUUUCUCCUUCAGAAGUGGAAAAUUAUGUAAGAGAAAGAAAGGGAGAAUUAGUAGGAAAUUCUUAUCAUCAUGGAAAUCAUAACCCUUCAAAUGGAUUCCACAAUAUUAACCAUAUGCUCCCAAGAAGAAAAACGUAUGCUAACGAUGAUGUCGUUAUAGAUGUAGAUGCGUUAAUGAAACACGUCAUAGACACAAAUAUUGAAGGAAACAGUCACGACCAUUUUUCAAAGAAAAGUUCAAACACUUCCAUCGAUGAUGUAGAUGAGGAUGAAUACAAUUCAAGACCUUCAUCAAGAGGUUCAUCGUCAAAUUCAUCCUUGGAUGAUGUUUGUUUAGUGCUGGAAGAUGAAGAGAAUGCAGAAACUAAAAUUUGGCCUGACGUUUCAGUUUUGGAGGAGUUUUCGAAGGAAGAAAUAGAAAGAUUGAGAAAACAAGCCGCACAAGAUGCUGAAGCUUUCCAUUUCCACUAUGAUGAAGAUGAAAGUGAAGAUGAUCGCAGCAAUGGACCGUAUGGUUCAUGUACUAAUAAAAACAAUAAUGACAACGGGAUUUUUUUCUCUCAACCCAUAGUGACGAACAUCGACGUCCCCGAAUUAGAUUAUAGGAAAGUAAAUGAAGCAGAACAUUUAAGUUCAGGUAGGUUAAGACCGAAGAAAUUAGCUCCAUGGCAUCUUAUGCAACGUCCUUUACCACCAUCAACAACAACAUCUUCACGGUCAUAUAAUAAUAAUAAAAAAAAUCAACUACUUUCACCAUCAAUGAGAUUAGAACGCGAAACAAUGCGUGAUAAUUUCCUAGUCGGUAGAAAUAUUCAAUAUCCACCACAUAUUGUUUCAAAUAAUCCAGAACAUUUUCGAUUCACAUAUUUCCGUGUUGACUUAGAUUCAACAAUACAUUCACCAACAAUUUCUGGUUUAUUGCAACCGGGACAAAAAUUCCAAGAUUUAUUCGUUAGUUCCGUUUACAGUCAAGAAGGCAACAUAAACCCUGCAACGCCUGCGACAACACUAGCAGUUCCAUCUGGAAGAAUCCCAUCAAUGUCACCAUUAAGAACCGCUAGUAAUAAUAAUAAUACUACUACUACUACAACUAUGGGUGGAACGCCUGUCCCCCUAGCAAAUUUGAAGGAUAAGAGAUUUGGACUUAGUACAACGACAGGUGGUGGCUCUACAUUAUCAACCACAUCAUUGUCUAAUACACCUGGAGUUGGUGUUGAAGAUGUUUCUCCAUUUUGGUUAGAUGUCAGUAACCCGACGGAAGAGGAAAUGAAAGUGAUUAGUAAAGCGUUUGGUAUUCAUCCUUUGACAACGGAAGAUAUCUUUUUAGGUGAAGUUCGUGAAAAAGUGGAAUUAUUUAAAGAUUAUUAUUUGAUUUGUUUUAGAAGUUUUGAUAUUGUUGCUGAACGUCAUGUUAGAAGAAGGAAGGAGAAAGUCUCAUUAGGUUCAAUAUCUGAACGUGACGGAGUUAGUCAUACCGAUAACAAUAACGGUAAUAAUAGCGGCAAUGCUGAUGGCGAAAAUGAUUCUAACAAGGGAUCUAAUUGGUUUUCAUCAUUGCUGAAAGGCCGUCGUCGAUCCUCGGGGAAUAAAUCAGUGAAUACAUCAGCAACGAGUUAUAGACGUCGUAAAAGUAUCUUAAAGAAACAAGAGGAAAAGGAAAAGUUUAAAAGGAAAUCUGGUGACAGACAUAAGCCAAGAGAAGGCGAAUUAGAACCAUUAAAUGUAUAUAUAAUUGUUUUCCGUACAGGGUUAUUAACUUUCCAUUUUGCACCAACCCCACAUCCAAUUAAUGUUCGUAGAAGAGCAAGAUUAUUAAAAGAUUAUUUGACGGUUACAUCUGAUUGGAUCGCAUAUGCCCUAAUUGAUGAUAUCACAGAUGCAUUUGGACCUAUGAUUGAACUAAUUGAAGAUGAAGUAUAUGAGAUUGAAGAUGCGAUUUUAAAGAUGAAUCAUAGUGGAGAUUCCAGUGAUAGCAGUAAUAGUAGUGACAGUGAUGAUAGCGAUGAUUCGGAUUCAAUUUUACUUGAUGAUGAAAGAAGAUUAAAGAACGGGAUGAGAAGAAGACAUAGUACUAUGGAAAGAAGGUCUAUUAAUCGUCGAAGUAUAUUUUCUAAUAAGGGAUCUAAUCAUAGUUCUAAUACGAGUUCCACUUCAACAUCAUCAAGUUCGUCAAGAUCAUCAAGGUCAAGUGAUUCGACUUUCAAUGCUAAUUUAAUUGGAUGGAAGAAAAAGGGAGAUAUGUUAAGACGUAUAGGAGAAUGUCGUAAAAGAGUAAUGAGUAUCUUAAGAUUAUUAGGUUCCAAAGCGGAUGUUAUUAAAGGGUUUUCGAAAAGAUAUAAUGGACAAUGGGAUACAGUGUCGCAAAGUGAAAUUGGGAUGUAUUUAGGUGAUAUUCAAGAUCAUAUUAUUACCAUGGUUUCUUCAUUGAAUCAUUAUGAAAAAUUAUUAAGCCGGUCACACUCAAAUUAUCUGGCACAGAUUAAUAUUGAUAUGACUAAAGUGAAUAACGAUAUGAAUGAUGUUCUUGGUAAGAUUACCAUAUUAGGUACUAUUGUUUUACCUAUGAAUGUUAUUACAGGUCUGUGGGGGAUGAAUGUUAUUGUACCUGGACAGUUCAAUGAGAGUUUAAAAUGGUUUGUGGGGAUAUUGAUAUCUAUGUUAACGUUGGCGUACGUGGCGUAUAUUUAUACCAAGAGACGGUUUGGAUUUUAA